AUGACGGCGAAUGACGGGCGGGGCUCUAAUGGACAGUCUGCAAAGAGCGGAGGACUACCUUGGGUGGAGAAGUAUCGUCCCACUACACUUGAUGAAGUAGUGGCGCAUGAUGAUAUUCUCUCUACUACACGGCGACUCAUGGAUAGUGGAAGUAUGCCACAUCUUCUUUUUUAUGGGCCACCAGGUACAGGAAAGACAACUACUAUUAAGGCAUGUGCCUAUCAUCUCUUUGGAAAAGAACGUAUUCGUGCAAAUGUACUUGAAAUGAAUGCAUCUGAUGAUCGUGGAAUUGAUGUUGUACGUCAACAAGUACGUGAAUUUGCCAGUACGAGUUCUAUUUUUUUCACAAAUGCUAAUGCUUCUGGGAAUUCAUCUGUUCCUUCAGCUUUUAAAUUGGUUAUUCUUGAUGAAGCUGAUCAAAUGUCUAGUGAUGCUCAAGCGGCAUUGCGGCGAAUCAUAGAAAAAUAUACCAAAAAUGUACGGUUUUGUAUUUUAUGCAACCAUAUUAAUAAAAUUAUUCCUGCCCUACAGUCUCGAUGUACUCGUUUUCGAUUCGCACCUGUUAAAAAAGCAGCUAUGCUUCCUCGUUUACGGUUUGUUGUUCAAGAAGAAGGUAUACCUUUUACAAAUGAAGGACUUACAGCUGCUUUUCGUUUAAGUAAUGGAGAUUUGCGGCGGUGUCUUAAUACUAUGCAGGCUUCAGCUAUGUCAACAGGUGAGGUAACAGAGGAAUCAGUGUAUCGCGUCACAGGUAACCCCACACCAGCUGAUGUUCGUGGUAUAGUGGAAGAUAUGCUAGCGCACGAUUUUUCACUCUCGUGGGAAAAAGUACAGCAGAUUGUUUCAGAAAAAGGAGUUUCAGCGACAGAUUUGGUGCGAGAAAUACAUCAUAUUAUAAUGGCAAUGGAUCUACCCCAGGAAUGUAAAUGCUUUUUACUUAUCAAAUUAGCUGACGUGGAAUAUUACGCUGCGGGUGGUGCUAAAGAUAGUACAAGUAUUGCUGGUAUUCUUGGUGCAUUCCAAUUGGUGAAGGAGGCGUUAACGCAAGGGAAAAAUGUGUUUGGACUCGCUCGCUGCUGA